AUGUUUGACCAUUCAAAAUCUUAACUAACACCUGUCACCCAUUUUUUAGAAAGAGAGAGAAAAAAAAGGGUUCAUUAGAUUUGUUUUGUGUUUGUGUUGUUUUGUUUUGGUUUCAUUUUUGUUAUGUUGUUUGCAGAAAACAACUGAAACAGGAGGAAGAAGAGAGAGAUAGAGAAACAAGAGAGAGAAACAAGAGAGAGAGAGAGAGUUUCUUUCUCUCAUUUUUGUGUUUCUCUCUUUUGUUUUUGAUAAGAAAAAUAGUUUUUUUUUUUUAGGUUUGAUUUGUGGGUAUUUAGAUUUUUGAGUGUGUUGGGGUUGGUAUCAAGAAAUAUGAAUAUGAUGAGAAGGUUGAAAAGCAUUGCUUCUGGAAGAACCUCUGUUUCAUCAGAUCCUGGAGGGGAUUCUACAACAAAAAGAGCCAAGUUUGAUUUAGAAACUGAAGGAAAGGAAAAUGAAGAAACAAACCGUGGUGAGAGGGGCGGAAAUAACCAGGAUAAGUACGUAGAUGCAGUAGAAGAGACAUCUAGUUCAUGUAAUUCUAAUGUUUCUGCGGUGGCUAAAACCGAGAAGUCAGGUUUUGAUCAGCUUCCAAAAGAAUUACACGAAAUGAAAAUUAAAGAUGAUAAAAGCAAAAACAACAAUGAAAAGGAUAUGGAGGCAACUGUUGUGAACGGAAAUGGAACAGAAACUGGUCAAAUAAUUACAACUUCUAUUGGUGGUCGAGAUGGACAACCAAAGAGGAUAAUCUCAUACAUGGCAGAACGUGUCGUUGGUACCGGUUCUUUUGGCGUUGUUUAUCAGGCUAAGUGUGUUGAAACUGGCGAAUCUGUUGCAAUAAAGAAAGUCUUACAAGACAAGAGAUAUAAAAACAGGGAACUCCAGGUUAUGCGUAUGCUUGAACAUACUAAUGUUCUUAAACUAAAGCACUGUUUCUACUCGACGGCUGAAAAAGAUGAGGUGUACCUUAACUUAGUUUUGGAGUUUGUACCUGAAACUGUCUACAGAGUUUCAAAGCACUAUGUCAGGAUGCACCAACACAUGCCUAUAAUUUAUGUGCAACUAUAUACAUAUCAGAUAUGCCGCGGUUUAAAUUAUUUGCAUCAUGUGGUUGGAGUCUGUCACCGUGACAUCAAACCACAGAAUCUAUUGGUUAAUCCCGCGUGUCAUCAGUUAAAGAUAUGUGAUUUUGGGAGUGCAAAAAUGUUGUUGCCCGGUGAACCCAACAUAUCGUACAUAUGCUCGCGGUAUUAUAGAGCUCCUGAACUUAUAUUUGGUGCAACGGAAUACACAACUGCUAUUGAUGUUUGGUCUGCUGGCUGUGUUUUGGCUGAGCUUCUUCUAGGACAGCCGUUGUUUCCCGGAGAGAGUGGGGUUGAUCAGUUGGUAGAGAUCAUUAAGAUCUUGGGAACACCUACCAGAGAAGAAAUAAAGUGCAUGAAUCCAAAUUACAGUGAAUUUAAGUUUCCACAGAUUAAAGCUCACCCAUGGCACAAGAUCUUUCACAAGAGCAUGCCUUCUGAAGCAGUGGAUCUUGUGUCGAGGAUGCUUCAAUAUUCUCCAAAUCUACGCUGCACUGCUUUGGAUGCAUGUGCACAUUCUUUCUUUGAUGACCUUCGGGAUCCAAACGCCCGCUUACCGAAUGGACAAGAACUUCCCCCUUUGUUUGAUUUCACAGCCCAAGAGUUAGCUGGCGCACCUGAUGAGUUGCGUCGACGUCUAAUUCCCGAGCAUGCAAGGAGUUGAUUUUUUUGUCUUGAGCAUUGCAAAAUUGGUCUUUGGAUGAAUAGAUAACCAGAGCAGAAAUGCCCCUAACAGUUCAGGUCUCUGCUGUCCAACCUCCACAAUCAUGAUGACUAUACAACUCAUUUGAACCUGAAAAAACUUUGCAACCUCUUUAUCAAAGGACCUGCAGAUGACAAUCACAUGGAUGAUGUAGGAGUGCCAUUUUUUAAGUAGAUUAUCAUUGAUGUAUGCCUCAGUUUUAAAAGAUAAUGAGUUCAUAAAAUUCUUUUACUCAUGUUUCAUAUAGUUCCAGCUCGUUUGUUCCUCAAAGUGAUCUAUGUGGAAUCAUCAAUCAAAUGAAUAGCCAUCUUUUUUUAUUUUGCAUGUGACUCUAGGUUCUGCCAACUACCGAGUUUUGUUAAACUACAUAUUUUGGACUAAAGCCCAUAUAAAUUGAUGACCUGUAAGCAUUUUUUCCUUAA